AUGGCCUCUAGAGAACCCUCUUCCCACAAGAAGAAAGUGAAGAACUGCAAUCGGAUUCAGCCUCCUUCGAUGAUGAAAGUGGUGGCGAAAUCCAGAGGCGCCGUCCAGGAUAUCGGGGGCGGCCCGAGCGCUGAUAUGGCUGCCUUUUACGAUUACAUUAAGAGGAAUCUGAAGUUCGAGUCCUCGAAGGAGCAGCUGAGGAGAAAGGUCAAUAGGUUGAAGCAAAGGUACUUGAAUGCCCUCAAGAAGGGAAAAAAUGGCGAGAAUCAUGUCUUCUCGAAUCCCCCGAGGAUAGGCUGUUUGAACUUUCCAAGAUAA